GGAAUUAAUCACCGCUCCAACCCAGCCCAAAUGAAUAGGUAUUGAUUCUCUGUCCAGCGGUAGGGAGAAAAGUUCGCCGGAAGUUGAGAAGAAAAGGAUGGGCGGUGGCGGCAACAUAAACUCAGUAUUCUAUGCUGAUUCAUACCAUCCUAUUCAAGCUGGCAGCAUAGACGGAACAGAUAUUCUUCCUCACGAUAAUGCUGUUUAUCGAGCUCUUCUUUGUUCCUCCACUGGCCUCUACGACCCAUUUGGCGAUCACAAGGCCGCAGGAGACCCAUAUUGCACUGUCUUCGUUGGCCGCCUCUCUCGCUUCACCACUGAAGAAACCCUUCACAAAGUUAUGGGCAAGUACGGUCGGGUGAAAAACUUGCGCUUGGUCAGGGACAUUGUGACUGGAGCCUCCCGUGGUUAUGCAUUUGUUGAAUAUGAAACUGAAAGUCAGAUGCGGCAUGCUUAUGAGGAUGCUCAUCAUUCUAUUAUUGAUGAUUGCGAAAUCCUAGUUGAUUUUAACAGACAGCAAUUGAUGCCUGGGUGGAUUCCUAGAAGGUUAGGUGGCGGUCUUGGCGGUAAGAAGGAAUCUGGACAACUUCGUUUUGGUGGAAGGGAAAGGCCAUUUCGAGCUCCUCUGAGACCGAUACCAUACAAGCAUUUGGAGAGACUUGGCAUUCCACCUCCUCCUGAAGGAAGAUUCAUGUCACGCUUUCAGAUGCCAUCGCCUCCUAGAAGAGAAAGGACCAAUCCAGACAAGGAAGAAGGCUCCCGCAGAAUAAGUUGUAAUGACAGGAGUGAAGGUGUUGACAGGCAUUAUAAGAGUAGUUCAAUUCACCGAGACAACUAUACUCAUCGAAGGAGCCCUGUGGAAAGAAGAGAGGGAAGAGAUGGGCAUUACUAUAGUAGUAGAAGUUAUGCUGAGAAGGAGCGUCAUUCCAGGAGAUCUGCUGAAAGGCGGGAACACUCUCAUAAAAGGAAAGAUAGAGAUGAACACCCUCAGAGGUGGCAGAAACAUGGCCAUUAUUCCCACCGUGACGAGUAAUGGUCAACCUUCAUUAUCCUGCUCUUGUACUGAGUCUAUGCUUUUGUUGGUUGGGAUUGCAUGGUGGGGUAUCUUCCCAGGCCAAGAAGCAUGAGUGGAUCAGACAACUUAAUUACGGUAAGAUUGAAAACAUAAAUAAUCAAUGCCUGAUAUAUUUCUUCUGUGUUCAAGAACGGGCAUUAUUUGUAGUGAUGAGUUAUUGAACAAUCUCAACUGCCAAAAACCAUCAAGUCCAGCGGUGCAAAACCCCUCCUUUUUGUGAGGGAGUUCAGAGGUUCAUUCCUGUGUUCGUGGGUGUGUGUAUGUUGGAUUGUUAAGUUUAAAAAAUCAAAAAACAAUCUCAAGUGUAACUUCAGAGUUUUUUUUUUUUUUUUUAAAUUUCUUUUUUUGGGGGUCAAAAAGUUUAACUUCAGAGUUGAAUGAGGUUCUAAUUUUCAGGGGGAGGCAUGUUGUUAUAUUAGGAUUGACAUGACCUUCCGAUUAAACGAGUAUCUAUUUGCACCUGAAUUCUUACUGCUAGUUUAACCAA